UCUUCCGCGCCGUGAGGGUAGGCUUGAAGGUAGCGUUCGAUGCCGCCCGAGAGCUGCAAGACGUCCGUGCCGGUGGCGUCGGCGUCGCAGUGCCGCCGGACAAGCGCAGACGCCAGCUCGCAUCGAACGCCUCCCGUGCAGUACAUGAGCACCCGCUUCCCCCUGACGGUCCGCGUUUUCGUCCACCCACUUGGGCAGGUCGCUGAAUUGACGGGUCUUGGGGUCUAG